UUCAAGUUUGGCUAAAUGAUUUCGCGUUGCUCGUUGCUGUUUUUGUUCGCUACGCUGCUGAUCGAUGGCUGCAAAGCAGGACGUAACUGGGACUACGAGCCCUUGUCCUUGACAUCCUACAGCUCAGAUGAGGAUCUUUUGAAGAUCGUUACAAAGGUGGAUCGACUGGGGCGCAGCCAGUACGCAUUUUCCAUGACCCUGGACUGGAACUACGAUGUGGAUAAGGACACCAUGGUGGAGGCAGACGUUUACCACUGCUCAUCGGGUGCCGAAGACGACUAUAAAAUGAUGCCCUGGUCCAUUCCCAAACAGCCCUUUUUCGAAUAUCUAAACGCCUUCUACAAGGACGCGUUCAUCAAGAAUGUGGGUCACUGUUCCAAUAUGCUGCAAUUCGAAGGCGAUUUUGUGCCUCCAUGGCCACGAAAUGUUUACAAAUUGGACAAAUGUGUGGCCAGUGGCGAGGGACUGCCAGAAAUCGCACCGGAAGGCUUCUACAAGUUAGACUAUAAAAUGAGCGGACAGGUGGAUUGGGGUUUCACCCUAAUCGUCAAGGUCUCGAAUAAGGUUAUUUAAUAUUGCGGCACCUUAAAAGGACAAACCUUUUUCUUCGCCUAUACAAAUGUACUAUAUUAUGCAAAAUGAAUUGAUUUAAAUUAAA